AUGUCAGAGUGGUUUUCAAGCACUGGUGAGGAGCCGUGCAUCAAGCAAGGCGUCAUUGCAGAAGUCAUUUGCGAGCUUCCGCCCAAGAACACCCAGCGCGCUGAAGCCCUUCAAGGACGCCAAGCAGGCCUCGCACCACCAAGCGCAAAGGUCCACGGUAUGCGCGUCCGUUCCUUCUGCACCUUGGUCGGGAAUUUCCCAGCACUAUUCAGCGGUGAAGAUGCUAUAUCCCGUCAAGGGCGAUGGUUGGGUUUGCAAACGGCGACAGCCGAACUGGAAGGCGCGUUCGAGUGUCUUGAAUAUCGCAUCACCAUCAUCACCAUCAUCACCAUCAUCACCAUCAUCACCAUCAUCAUCAUCAUCCGUCUCAGGGCUUUUUGUCGGGAUCGUGACCGCGACGACUUCCAUAGAUUGUGGGUCAACUUCCUGGCGCCCAACUCGCCACAGCGCCUACUGGCCGCCAGCCAGCGACCCGCGCCGCCAUCCUCGCUCCCUACAGCAGCACAUGCACACCUAGCACAGCAGCCACUUCAACAGCCGCAGCACCCGCAGCUCGGGUCUGUGCUGACCGGACAAUCUUCAUCGAUGGGCGCCAUACCCACCCUGUUGCUGUCCACCAACGGUGCCAGUAUGGCCGAUCGGCUGGAUCUGUACGGCGCGUUUGCGUCGUACCUCCGUGAGCAACAGGGCGCCUACGUGGCGCUGUUGCGGCCUGAGGACCUGGCGGCGGGUGUGGGCAGCUGCUUCGGCUCGGCUCUGUCACAGUUCAGUGGUUUGCAGGAUUCGGCCGCAGAGGACGUCAUGGGCCUGGUGGCUUGGUACGAGCACGAGACCGGCCGCGGUAGCAGCAGCUGUAGCAGCAGCACCGCCACACAGCACUGUGCGCCCGGCUGGCGUGCUGGUCAACUACCCAACGGAGCGGCAGUAGCAGGAGCCACCGGUCCCGAGCAGUCUUGCCCUGACAGCAGCUUCACUCGUUCGUGGUUCGUCUUCUCCCCUAUCGCUCUCCUCCCCGCAUCUCCCCCUUGCGUCAUUGCUUCAGAGUUUUGUACGGCAGCUGGUGUGCUUUUGACGCCGUCGGCCCAGAUGCUCCUUUGCUUCCUUUUGCGCCAUGUAAUAUGUCCACACACACACACGCGCGCGCGCCAGUCUUGCCCUGACAGCAGCUUCACUCGUUCGUGGUUCGUCUUCUCCCCUAUCGCUCUCCUCCCCGCAUCUCCCCCUUGCGUCAUUGCUUCAGAGUUUUGUACGGCAGCUGGUGUGCUUUUGACGCCGUCGGCCCAGAUGCUCCUUUGCUUCCUUUUGCGCCAUGUAAUAUGUCCACACACACACACGCGCGCGCGCGCCACGCGGCGGCCGCCGCGCCGAAGCCAAAGGCCCGUGUCGUUCGGGAGGCCGCUGCCCGCCGUACACUCCCGAAACCGCCAGCGGCACGUGGUCUUGCUGUUGGAGGGGGCUGGUCGGGUGGUGGACCCGGGGGCCCUGCGGGCUCUGCUGGCGGCACUGCACGCGGAGAGGCACCGCCUGCCGGUGGUGCUGGUGCUGGGCCUGUCGUCUCCUGCCGCACUGUACGGCAGUAAGCUCCCCGCUGACUUGGCCUCCAUGCUCCAACUGGCGGUGGCGGAGCUGUCUCCGCACCCCCUGCAGCUGCACCGCCUUUUCCAGGACGUGCUGCUGAGCCCGUCCUCUCCCCCUCCCCCCCUGCUGCUGGACGGGAGUACCAUGCGGGAUCUGCUGGUGCAGUGCCGCCUGCUGGAGCCCUCCCUGGCCUGUCUGCAGGCGGCCCUCCUGGAGGCCAACGAGCAGCACUUCCGGAGGGAGCCGCUGGCGCCGCUGGCCCUGCUGCCGCUGCAACAACACCGGGCGGACGAGGCGGCGAGGGCGGCGGCCUCGCGCCGCCGGCUGCUGCCACCUCCGCCAACAGGCGGCCGAAAGAACCACCCCCGCGGCGGCGGCGACGGCAGCGGUGACAGCAGCGACGGUGAAGAGUCCGGCAGCAGCGACGGCUCACCAGUGUCGUACACUUCCGCUAGGUCCAGAGAUGUUGGGGAUGGGGAUGGAGGUGAUGCAGAUGGGGAUGAUGACGGGUUUCUGGACGGCGGGUUGGAGGGGUUGGCGGCGGUGGAGGCAGCUUGGCUGGAGCGCCGGAGGCGGCGUCACGGUGCGCGCCUGGCGGCGGUGGUUUCGGAGCUACCCAUUGAAAUUCUUCGCACGGCAGCCGCAUCUUUUUCUGCAGCUGGUUCAGUGUGUCCUUCUGGUGCCGCUGGGGGGGGUCGUAAUGGCGGUUUGGGUGGUGGUGGUGGUGGUGGUGGUGGUAAGGGCGAUGUCGUGCGUCAGCUGGAGUGUACGGAGGUCAUGCGGUCGGCGGUGUGCGAGGGGGUGACGGAUGCGUUCUCUGCGCUGUCGGCGUGGCGGCUUGGUUUGCGCUGGCUGGCGGUGCUGGCGGAGAGGACAGGAGCCAUUCAGCUGCCCGGAGGCCACCGCUACACCCUGCCCUCACUCUACGUAGCGGCCGCCAGUCCGCUCUUCUGGAAACAGAACCCGACAGCCGCCGCGGCCCUGGCGGCACCUCACGCAGGGGGAGCGGCGGGGGGGCCCCCGCCCUCCUUGGGGGAGUCUCUGCUGGCUGGCGUGCUGGGCUGGACGGGUACGGGAGCUUCGGGGAAUGGCGUUGCGCUGAGUGGUGGCGGCGGCGGUGGAAGCAGCGGCGGGAGAGGCACACUGAGGGUGCUACCCGAGGAGGUGGGGGGCGGGUUGGGCGAUGGAGAUGAGGAUGGGGAUGGAGAUGGGGCGCAGAUAGUGGUGAUGGCGGUGGUGAAGCAAAACCGCACCAAGGACGAGGGCGGCUGGAAGGAGCUGGACGUGCUGUUGGACGACCUGACGGAUGCUGCUCGGGAGGCUUUGCGGCACGACUGGCUGCCCGCAGGGGCCGUGCUGAGAGCUGUCAAAGGGCUGGCGGAGCUUCGUCUGGGGGCGAUCAACCAAGCCCUGGGGCCCAUAGGUGCAGAGGCCGCGGGCGGCGGCGAUGGAGAGGAGGAGGGGGUGGAUGGUCGGUGCGAGGUGCGAGCCAUGCAACAACAACGGGAGGAGAAGCAGCAGCCCGGCGGCGGCGGUGGUCGCGGCCGCAAGGAUGUGGUGCCAGCCACUGCUGCUGGGAGCGGCAAGGGCGGUGGCGGCGGCGGCGGCGGUGGUGGUGGUGGUGGUGGUGGGGGGGGGGGGGGGGUUGAGGAGGAGGAGGUUGACGAGAUGUCUCCAGUACGCAGGCGGUUGGCGGCUCAGGGGCUCACCAGUCCGCCCACUGGGGAGAAGCUGCGGGGCGUAAUGAACAGGCGAGUGCGGGCUAGACCGCUUGGACCCCCUGCCGGCGCCCAAGGCCUUAUGCUCCAUCUCAAUGCGGGGCCAGGCCAGCAAGUCAGUAGGGCGAAGAAGCGCGUUGCGUUGGGAGAGGGCGCAGUACGCAGCGGCGACGGGCAGCGGCGCUCUGGAACAAAGGAGCCGGAGAACGGCGGGACGUGUGCUAAACGCCAGCGGGACCAGGCGCUUCUGACGGCAAUCCAGCAGAGAGCCGCGGCGGGUACGGCAGCGGCAGCGGCGGCAGCGGGUGAUCGGGCCGCCGCCGCCGGCACCUCCUCGGCCGCCGCCGCCAGUUUCGUGGAACGUGCGGCGGACUUCCUGGCGACGGCGUUACGCGAGCUGUUGGCCGCGUGCCCCUUCCACUUGCCAGGCUCGGCAGCCUUCACGUUCCGCGAUGCGGCGGGGCUGCAGCGGCGGCUGCCGGAGCUCGUACUCAAGGACCUGACUCCAGGAUUGCAUCCAGGUCAGGAGGAUGCGGCCAUUGCCUACCAGCUGCUGGCGGGUUGCCGUGAGGGAGCGGACUUGAGGGACUGGCUGGCUGACUUCUGUGCAGCUUCCGGGCUUGGACGCAUGCAGGAGGUGCAGCAGCAGCAGCAACAAGAAGCGGAGGAUGUUGCGGACGCAGCGGAGGACGGUGCGGAAGAGGACGGUCCCAUGGGUCGCUCACGGACGUCUCGCCGGCGGCACGCGCCGAGGAAGCGGAAGGCACCGCCCAAGCAGGAGAUGGUGUUGGCGCUGGACGGGCCACAGGCCGAGGCAGCGGUCGACGCGCUGGCGUGUCGCUUCGAGCAGGUGGCUCGGGAGCUGGAGGCUGUGGGGCUUUGCCGCUUUAGCAAGCGUCGCAAGGGGCUGUCCUCCUUCUCGUCACAUACAUUCGAUCGAUUCCUGGGCAGACCCCCGACAUUGUAUGUACAGAGUAUCAGCUUGUUGGGGGGAGCACAGUUUUCAGCAUGUACCAAGCAACUACUCACAGCAGGGAGGCGGGCCACGUUUGGACUCAGCACCCUGUGUCGAGAUAAGAAACUUACCACCCCCAAGCUAUGUAUGUCUCUCUACAAUACACUAGUUGUACCGGUGUUUUCUUAUGGAGCGCAAGUUUGGGGACCUGACUUCAUAAAUGUGAGUUUUGAAGGUGCUAUGACUAAUCCCAUGGUCCAGGAACAGCGUGCAUACGUGCGAUCUGUAGUUGUGGCGAGGAGCCCGACUACGGCUUCCCUAUACCGCGAGCUGUCACAGAGGCCGCUCCAGUUCCAUUGGACCAAUCUUGUACUUAGGUUUUGGAACUCUGUGGUUAAGAGGCCGGGAACACUGUGUCACCGGGCAUUUGUCGCUGACCUGGAAUUGGCAGUUGGGGGCGUCAUCGAGUGUUGGACAAGUAAGGUACUAGCCUUCCUUACUAGCUUAGGAGCGGAAUCCCCCACUAAUACGCGCGGUAAUGAUCUUAUAGCGUAUUACGCUACCCUUAAAUUGCCAGUUGAGAGCAUUCUUAAGGCAUUUGCCAAGCGGCUUGAUGAGACGGUGGGAGUGCCCGAAUACCUUGGCCUACUGCAAAGCGACAGGUAUGGCCGCGAAUGCCGCCAAGUGCGAGGUCCUCAUUUUUGGGGCGCUACACGUGAGCGGAAGCGGCUUAUGGAAGCUGAGUACCGGUUAGGUGGGGUGGGGUUGCGGGUGCUGACCGGCAACGAGACGGCUUGGUACCUCGGGUUGCACUAUGGCCCAGGAGCACAGUUUUCAGCAUGUACCAAGCAACUACUCACAGCAGGGAGGCGGGCCACGUUUGGACUCAGCACCCUGUGUCGAGAUAAGAAACUUACCACCCCCAAGCUAUGUAUGUCUCUCUACAAUACACUAGUUGUACCGGUGUUUUCUUAUGGAGCGCAAGUUUGGGGACCUGACUUCAUAAAUGUGAGUUUUGAAGGUGCUAUGACUAAUCCCAUGGUCCAGGAACAGCGUGCAUACGUGCGAUCUGUAGUUGUGGCGAGGAGCCCGACUACGGCUUCCCUAUACCGCGAGCUGUCACAGAGGCCGCUCCAGUUCCAUUGGACCAAUCUUGUACUUAGGUUUUGGAACUCUGUGGUUAAGAGGCCGGGAACACUGUGUCACCGGGCAUUUGUCGCUGACCUGGAAUUGGCAGUUGGGGGCGUCAUCGAGUGUUGGACAAGUAAGGUACUAGCCUUCCUUACUAGCUUAGGAGCGGAAUCCCCCACUAAUACGCGCGGUAAUGAUCUUAUAGCGUAUUACGCUACCCUUAAAUUGCCAGUUGAGAGCAUUCUUAAGGCAUUUGCCAAGCGGCUUGAUGAGACGGUACCUCUCGGAAAUUUGGGAGGCCAGGCACGUCGCGCUGAGGCGCUUCGCCUUGAAGCGGACGAGGGAGAAUGA